GGAUCCGCCCGGCCCGGCCCGGCCCGGCCCGGCCCCGGGAGCGGGGGCCCAGCCUGCCCAGGUGGUGGUGGCCCGGAAAAAGCCUGGGAGAAGUGCUGAGUACAGUGCUCUGCAUACAGACAGCUCUCAAUAAAGACCAUUGAUUGAGAAGAAAGGAAGGGUUGGAGAGCAAAUGGACCAGUGGCCAAAAUGAGAAGGGAUUUGCCUGGAAGGUAAAUCAAGGGAGCAAUACUGCUAAAUACCAGAGGCAUAUAUGCGUUAGCUGCUGCUACCCAGAACAUCGAAAAUCUCUCUGUCACUGCCAGUGGUUUCCAGAUUCUCUGUGGGGAUGCAGGUGGCUUAGACUGGAACAGAACCGACUGGGACAAGCUUCUUAAAAAAGCAGGCCUGUAAUAUGGAUUUAGAACUCCAGGAUUCUAACAGGACCCUUACCAAGGAGAACAUCACCCCUUCUAAGAAUUUGGAUUUCCCUGUCUGGGAUGACUAUAAAAGCAGUGUAGAUGACAUUCAGUAUUUUUUGAUCGGGCUGUACACCUUUGUAAGUCUCCUUGGUUUUAUGGGAAAUCUACUUAUCCUCAUGGCUCUAAUGAAAAAACGCAGGCAGAAGACCAUCGUCAACUUCCUUAUCGGAAACUUGGCUUUCUCUGACAUUUUGGUUGUGUUGUUCUGCUCACCUUUCACGCUGACCUCUAACUUGCUGGAUCACUGGAUGUUUGGUGAGGUCUUGUGCCACAUAAUGCCUUUCCUCCAAUGCGUGUCCGUUUUGGUUUCCACCUUAAUGUUAAUAUCGAUUGCUGUCGUCAGGUACCACAUGAUAACGCAUCCCCUCUCUAAUAAUUUAACAGCCAACCACGGGUAUUUCUUAAUAAUGACCAUCUGGACACUGGGUUUGGCCCUCUGCUCCCCUCUACCCGUGUUCCACAAGCUUGAAGAACUCCGGGACAACUUUGGCUCAGAGUCUUUGAGCAGCAAAUACUUGUGUAUCGAAUCAUGGCCGUCUGAUUCCUACAGAAUUGCCUUCACUAUCUCUCUGUUGCUCGUUCAGUAUAUAUUGCCUCUGGUUUGCCUGACCGUUAGUCAUACCAGCGUCUGCAGGAGCAUCAGCUGCAAGCUGGUCAAAAGAGAGAAAAGAUUAGAAGAGAACGAGAUGAUAAACUUAUCGCUUCAUCCCUCCAAGAAGAGUGGGCCUCAGAAGCAGCUCCCCAGCAGCAACAGAUGGAAUUAUUCUUUCAUCAGAAAAAAACGAAGGCGGUACAGCAAGAAAUCGGCCUGCGUGGUACCGGCCGCCUUGAGGCCUCCUCAGGAGCCUCAUUCGGGAGCCCUACCGGAAUCCUCUGGGACGGAAAGAAGUCGUCUCUCCUCUUCCAGUAAAGUCAUCCCAGGGGUGCCCAUAUGUUUUGACGUGAAGCCUGAAGACAACUCAGAAGUGCAGGAGAUGCUGACCGCAUCCCGCUCCAUGACCAGAAUUAAGAAGCGGUCUCGGCGGGUCUUCUAUCGAUUGGCUACUCUGAUAUUAGCCUUCGCCGUCAGCUGGAUGCCGCUUCACCUUUUCCACGUGGUGACGGACUUUAACGCCAACCUCAUUUCUAACAGACAUUUCAGGUUGGUGUUUUGCAUUUGUCAUUUGCUGGGUAUGAUGUCCUGUUGCUUGAAUCCCAUUCUCUAUGGGUUCCUUAAUAACGGCAUCAAGGCCGACUUAAUGUCCCUCAUUCACUGCCUCCCGAUAUCGUGAGUCUCACAGUUUGACAGAGAUGGAACCGGCGCCGUGCCCGGCCUCGAUUCUUGCGGUAGGACCCGAUUGGACCGUGUGAACGCCGGCGCUGACGUCACACACGGAUUGAGUGCCCGAAAGCCCGGCGGCUCCCUUCCACGUUUCACCACAACCUCCUUGCAGUCUCGCGUGAGCUGCUCCCGGCACAAAGACUUGACCAGUCCAGGCCCGAGAGCCCUAUUCGGACCAGACCAGGUUGGGAUAGCCUCCCUGAAGUAAGAAACUUCUUCCUCUUGUGGUUGGAGGUGUCAGAGCCCAAGGGCUGGGGAAGGGCACAGUUGCUUUUUAACCCCUGCUCAGUUGUUCUAGGGAACUGCUGGAGCUACACACCCCAGCAAGCCACUGGUAAAAUGACCCAUGUGUGAAAAACCUGAGCCACGACGAAGGAAGGCCUGACCCUCUUCCGUUCACCUCAGGUUUGUGUCUAGUCUAGCCGUCGGUGCUGGGCUGUGUGGACGGGGCUUUGAUUUCCAGGUUGGGCAGGCCUUGGGGCUGCUCAGGGAAUACAUUCAGAGAGGACAGGAAGAAGUGAGUUUCGGCGGGGGAGAACGAUAUUAAAGAAGGAAAGAGGAGGGGACUGGAGCAAUUGAAAAACGGAAAGUCCACAGAAAACAAAAAAGAGCAAGGGUAACAUGCCCCACUCCCAGUCCCCAUCCUCCCAUGCUUUGGACAAGAGAAUCAAGGGACAGUAAUAGUAAUAAUAAUGUUAGUAUUUAAGCACUUACUAUGUGCAGAGCACUGUUCUAAGCGCUGGGGUAGAU